AAAGAAUUCAUUUUGACAUCAACCUUCAGUAUAAUACCUACCAAAAAUGAAGUAGGUGCCUAUUGAAAAUUAUAGAAUUCUUGAAUAGUGACGUUUUCGAACUUUGGAUACCUAUUUUCUGGAUGCAAAUAGUCAUAUCAGUGAAGCUAGAAAAAUGAAUAAAGUUUUGCAAAGAAUCAAAUCUGACAUUUCGAUCACUUUGGACUCCGACCAACCUGUCAGUCUGAAACAAAAGACUUUCCACGGUAACAUCAGUUUGGUGAUCGCCAUGGCGCAAUUUUUCGGGGUGAUGCCUUUACACAAUGUCAGGAAAAAUCCGGACGAGGUUUUCUUCAAAUGGACCAGCUUCAGAGUUUUCUACGCUAUGUUCAACGCUGUGAUGACAUUAGUGAGCACCAUCUUGUGGAUCGUCAAAUUCUCCUUAGAAGGGCUGGUGGUAGACAAGACAGCUCAGAUGGCGUUUUACCUUUGCAAUUUCCUGGCAUCUGUUCAGCUGAUAGAAAUAGCACGCCACUGGUCGAGCAUUUUGAGGGAAUGGUCGUACAUAGAAGUAUCAAUGCGGGGGUAUCCGCAGGGGGAAAAUAUUGGGAGGAAAUUCUUGAAAAUCACCUUGGUUUUCAUUGGACUAGGAACGGUUGAACAUCUGCUUUUCAUUUUGAAUGGAGUUUUCCAAUCGCAAGGUUGUGUUGGUUACGACAAAAGCCAUGCCAGAGUGUACUUCGAAGUGUCCUUUCAGAACUAUUUCACCUUCAUACAGUACAACGUGUGGCUAGCAAUUAUUAUCAAGUUUGCCAACACUAUUUCAACUUUUACGUGGAUCUUCACUGAUUUAUUCAUCACACUGAUGAGUAUAGCUCUGACAGCUAGAUUCAAACAAAUCAACCAAAACCUGGAAAAUAGCAAAAUCAUGCACGAAAAAUUCUGGAGUGAGAUGCGACAAGAUUACCUGAAGUUGCACAAACUUUGCAAGUCCAUAGAUAAACAUUUGGCUUUUUUAGUAGCGGUGUCUUAUACGCAUAACAUUUAUUUCCUGUGUAUCCAACUAUACAAUAGUUUGAGCGAAAGAAGUGGAGCCAUUGAAACGACCUAUUUUUUCUUCUCGUUUGGAUUUCUGGUUCUGAGACUGCUGACCGUUUCAAUGUACGGCGCUUGGCUGAACGAGGAAACGAAAAAACCUUUGGAAUUCCUUUGUUGCGUUCACACUGACCACUACUGUAUAGACGUCAGUCGAUGGAUACAACAGAUUUAUGUGAAUCCCAUAGGAAUUUCUGGGUCUGGAUUUUUCCUAGUCACCAAAAAUUUCUUGCUACGGGUAAGUACUGACUGA